AUAUCUUUUGAAUUAUACUUGGAAAAAUGGUGGCCAGAGGAAAAAAAAAUGAUAAAGUUUUUCCUCAUGGUGAAUAAACAAGGGCAGACCCGACUUUCUAAGUACUAUGAACAUGUGGAGAUUAAUAAGUGUACGCUUCUGGAAACAGAAGUCAUAAAGAGCUGUCUCUCUCGAUCCAAUGAACAGUGCUCUUUCAUUGAAUAUAAGGACUUUAAGCUGAUAUACCGGCAGUACACAGCUCUCUUCAUUGUGGUUGGAGUUAAUGACACAGAGAACGAGAUGGCAAUUUAUGAAUUCAUCCAUAACUUUGUGGAAGUUUUAGAUGACUACUUCAGCCGAGUGAGUGAACUAGAUAUAAUGUUUAAUUUGGAUAAAGUACACUUCAUUUUGGAUGAGAUGGUAUUAAAUGGCUGCAUUGUGGAAACAAAUCGGGCAAGAAUUCUUGCCCCUCUGCUAAUUCUUGAUAAGAUGUCAGACAGCUGAAAACAGAGAUGCUCUGCCAGACAACAUUGACUCAAAGGAAAUGAGAAUACCAUGGAGUACCUCUCAACAUCGCUAGCCCACAAGAACCUGGAAGACCAAACAUCUCAAAACAGGCUAUCCUUCCAAAGACUUUUAAACAGGGGUUUUCCACAGUUCCUAAAUGGAAAACAAAAGUGUAUUUUAAAAUAUGAUGUACAAAGAAAAAUUUUCUCUAAACAGAGAGACAAGUUUUAUUUUCUGACCAUAAGCAUUUUUUUUUUUCCUCACUUGUUUAGAUUUUGAGUAGUACUAAGG